AAAAAACCCUGAACUUCAAAAGGGCCACAAAUCAAGCCUAAUCAAAGGGGUGUGAGAGGGAGAGAGAGAGAGAGAGAGAGAGUGGGGAGGGAAAAAAAUAUAAUUCCUGACAUGAGUUCCUACGUAGCCAAUUCGUUCUAUAAGCAAAAUCAAAAUGUUCCUGCCUAUUCCAUGCAAAGUUAUGGGAAUUAUGGAUCUGUGUCUGAAGUUCAGCCUUCCAGGUAUUGCUACAGUGGGCUGGAUCUGAGCAUUACAUUCCCUUCAUCUGGGGCUUCCAACUCUCUGAACGGUGUGGACAUGUCUUCAACCCCCAGAUCUAACCCCGACCGUCCUUCCUGUACAGUCAUGGGAUCUUCAGGGCACACUUUAGGCAGAGACGACCAGACCUCUCUAAACCCAGGAAUUUACAGUCAGAAAGCUUGUGGCACCACCACAGCCACCAGCAGCAACAACAACAACAGUACGCCGUUGGAAGAUAGAUCUAAGAGCAGUGGGGAAAUCAAGAGUGAACCGGUGCUAACAGCCCAGCAAAGCGGGCAGUCAAUGCACCAACAACAGCAGCAGCAGCAACAGCAGCAGCAGCAGCAGCAACAGCCACCACAAAUAUAUCCGUGGAUGACCAAACUACACAUGAGCCACGAAGCAGAUGGCAAACGUUCCAGAACCAGCUACACUCGCUACCAAACUCUGGAACUAGAGAAAGAAUUUCAUUUUAACAGAUAUCUCACCCGCCGGAGGCGCAUAGAGAUCGCCAACAACCUAUGUUUGAAUGAGAGGCAAAUAAAAAUAUGGUUUCAAAACCGGAGGAUGAAAUGGAAGAAAGAUUCCAAGUUGAAAAGCAAAGAGUCUCUCUAGGUAGAAAUCCGGGUUAGGGGUUGGGCGGGGAAAGUCAGUUCACAUUGACAAGAGUUGCUGUUGUUGUUGUAGCCUACCUUGAGAAAAGUUUUCUUUGGGAGGUGGGGAGAGGAAAAGGGCGGGUGGGGGGGAAGGGUCGCAGACUGGACUGAACUACAUACUCUAACAAAUCUAUCAGACAAAGGCGUUCUCUUAUUAGUAUGCAAACAGACCCUUUAGCUUUUCAGCUAGAAUUCAGUGUACAGCUCGCUGGAGGGUUGGUGGGUUUUGUUUUGUUUUCCACCACACCACUCUAACCUGUGUCCCCUUAAAUUGGGAGGAAAUAUGUCGGUCAAAUGAAAACCCAAGCCAAUAACCUAUAUCUAUGUCUAUAAAAGAUUACGCUGAAGAUCAGAAUAAUACGCUUAGGAAAUCAAAAGUUAUGCAUAAAAGAGGGAAUCCUCAGGACUUUUGGAAAGUCCCGAGGCCCCGAUCCUUAAACGUCAAGACUUGGAAGUAAAUCCCGUUGUGAAAGGCGUGGGAGUUUACCUCUGUGUCCAACGCGGUGGACGGGCGGCAAACUUGUUGUGAGCACUUAUUUCUCAGCCAGUCCCACUGAAGUCCGUGGGGACUUCCUUCCGAGUAAACGUGAAUAGGAUCGGGCUGCACGAUCUAGGUGUGUGAGAAUGUUUACUUCUGGUGUGGAUGGUGAGUUUCCACACAAUGUAGUUUCCUAGAUGCACUUAACCUGAAACGUGGUGGGGGGUGGGGUGGGGUGGUUUGUUAUUGUGUUUUUUUUUUUAAAAAAAAGCUCGCUGUGAGGUGUGUUCUUCUGGGGUGGGGUUGUUUCAUUUUAUUAUUCAACCCUCCUCCUCGCCAUUGACUUAUUUUUGUAUUAUUUGCAUAUGAAUGAAAAGUGAAUGGACUAUGAACGAAUCUGCUUGACCAUCUCUCCUAGGAGAUAUUUGUGCAAAAACAUUAAAGCACUGUUGGGGUGGGGGCUGGUAAGGGUGUGUGUGUGAAUUCUCCCGACUUAAAUAUUCCUGUGUAUUUAUUGGUUGCGUAAUUAAUGUAGCUUUGCAAAAUAAUAAUAACGAUAAGAACAACGCUGAACUCUUAUACAAAUGUAUACUUUUUGUUUACAUGUAGCCCAUUUUAUUCACCUCCCCCUUCCUUCUCCCCGAUGUUGUAUUCCAUAUAUUUAUUGGUUGUAUUAUGAUAUGUGAAAGGCCAUGGAACAUAUACAGUAUAUUUUGUCAUAUUGAAUAAAUGCUAAAAUAAUAAAUAAAUCAAACACCUAAGGCCAAUUUUGGAGUGCGGGAGAAAAACGCAUAUGAGGUGCCUUUUCUUGAGCGCUUUCUCCAAACCCGCACUUCCACUGUUAUUUUGCUGUCAAUUGUUUUCAAAUCUAUAAAUAUGUAACACAAGAACAAAUCCCGGUUAGUCUGAGGCACUAGCCACCCAAAGUUCAGUACUUGUGAAGUCAUAUUGAUUUCAGUGGGAGAGUUUAGCACAAACCUCUUGCAAUGAAAUCGAUGGGACUUCACAAGCGCUAAACUUUGGGUGGAACAAGCCACUAGACUGAAGCUCAGAAUCCCAUUCAAUGAGAUUUACUUCAAACGCAAGUUGGAAGUAAGCCCCAUUGAGGCGGGGGAACCAUGUCAAGCAAGGGUUGCAGUGGAAAUCGGUCAAACCCUAGUGUUUAACUUCGGAUGGGCUAUGGGUUGGGCUUUUAUGUAUCUUAUGUCGCCCCUGCUGCGUCCCCAAUAAAAGAACUUUGGGUGAUGUGUACUCAGUUGCAGGUCUCGUCACAAGCUUUCUUGAGUGAAUGCCUCUUUUCUGAACUGUUGAACAAUUCUUGACCUGUCCUAGUGUUUGAACAACAUAGUUCUGGGUUCUUUAAAAGUCCUCCAAAGGUCUUCGUACGAUCGCUUUCUUUCUUUCCCUGAUAAUUCCUUCCUUCAGCUUAAAAUAAUUUAAUAGUCCAGAUUCAGGCAAGACUACCUUUCUAAGUAAGAUUGCCCCGUAGAACAGAAUUACCGGGCUAGGCUCUCGGCCCCUCCCUUCAGACAACUUUCCAUCGACAUUAAGUGAAAGUUGUGCAAGAACUGGGCGAUUUGUGAAGGCAGUAGGUCUUUCUGAGACGCUGUGUGUAUGUGUGAUCACUAGAACAAGUACGAUUGACUUGAGCAGAGAAUGGUAGGAUUUAACCCUGGUCUGCGCAAAACUUCAACGUGUGGUUUAUAAAGCACGGUAUUUGCGAAAGUUUCUCCGGUUUAGGUGUAAUAUAAGAAAGCUAAUAGUCCUCUACUCCUUUUGAAACCUUUUUCUAUGCGUUUAAAGAUGACUUCUAUGCCUAUCUAUGACUUCUUCUUCGUCGUCCUCUUCUUCAUAUAGUAGUGCUAUUGGAUUCAGUAAUGUAGGAGUUUGGGGCUAUGCAUGUACUGGCCUGUGGAGAUUUGGGAGGGAUAAAACUGUGCAUAUAUAUUUCACGUAUGUGUGUGUUUCACCAGACACACACCAACUAUCUCUCACACAGACACACACACCGGAGGUCAUGCCUGAGGUGUUUUCGGAGCUAUUUACAGUACAAACGCUUGGGAGAGACCCUCAAUGGCUCAAUAAACCUUUAUAGUAUUUCCUUUACACAUUUCAAACAAUGGAGCCAUUUCCUGAACCUGAAAACAAAAGUUUAUUUUAAUGACAGUGGAAGCUCUUAAGGAUAAAACUGGCUUUGCCUCCUAAGAUUCCCAGCUUUCCAUGGAGUCCCUCUGACUUAAAUAGUGCUCUAUUUCUGAAGUUUAUUGAUAUUUUAUUAUUGUAGUUAUUAUUUAGUGUCCUCUUUGAGAAGAUCAAAUAAUACUGUCACGAAGGCGAUGACAAUUUAUGUUAUGGCAAUUUUACAGUCCACUUGAAAGUUUCCUUUCCCUCCCCUUUCCAGGCUUAACUUGUCAUAUGAUUUGAUUUUACGCAAAUAUCAGUCAAAUCACGUUACGGAGAUCAAAGCACUGGGGUUUACUCUAUUCCAUUUUUGUUUGAUUCAAGAAGAGCCUUCCUUAUUGUCUUGUGUUACCUUUGCAAAUAAUGUGUGCCUUCCAAGGAGUAUCAGCAGCAGCAGCAAAAACAACAACAGCAACAACAACAACAACAAAUAUUGGAACAUUCUCUGAGUAUUUAAAUGUAUAUAUUUCAUGUUGAUGUUUGAAAAUAAUAAGCUACCCUGUGUAAAUCUAUAGAGUGUUUACUGAGGCACCGAAACAGACUUGGCAGAUCUUGAUAGCUGUGUACUGAAACCAAAGGUGGUUGUUUUUACAUCUGUUUCGUUCUAUUUGGUCUUCUCUGCUCACCCCACCCCUAAACCGUGGUGUUCCCUUUCCCUUUAUUGGAAGUUUGCCAGGGAAUAAUUGGGUUUGACAGGUUAGAAUUAACAAAAUCAGAUGUUCUAUUGUUUUAUCUUAAGGCUGGGGGAGAGAAGCCUUUACGCACAUACGUAGUAGGACCAAAACUUUUCCAUUAUCAUAACGCAAACCAGUCGGUUAUAUAUACAGCCAUAUAUAUAUAUAUAUAUAUAUAUAUAUAUAUAUAUAUAUAUAUAUCCUUGUGAAUAAUUGUGCGUUUAUCCAGCGAACAACGUGGGUCUAUUUGGGACUCUUCCCUGUCUUUUUAAAAAGUAAUUUUUCAGGACUGAUUAAUAUUUGGUUGUUGGGCUUGUCAUUGACUUUUGCUAUUCAAUAUCUAACAGCCCCCCUCCUUUUCCUCUUUCCCCUGCUUUUCAGUCCGUUCCUAAAGAAGUCUUGCAAAGCCAAGAAGGAAAUGAAACAUCGCUUACCUUUCACUGUCAUCCGUGUCAACACAGUGGGGACUUUUAAAAGGCCUCCAAACAAGAAAGGGAGGGCGAGGGAAGGGAAGGGGAAAAAAUGACAGACCCAAAGUUCCAGUGUGUCUGCGCGCGCGUGUGCUUUAAAAGAGAGGAUGAAAAAUAAUAAUAAUAUUAAUAAUAAUCCAGGACUUUUUGAGCCAAGGCUUUGACUGCCCCUGAGAACAUUAGCAGAAAUACCCAUGGCUUCUAAGUGAAUUUAGUAGUUUAAAACUUUUGAAGGUUAUUUAUGUGGAUAGCCCAAAGCAAAAGCCCUGAAUGGCUCUCGGUGAGCACGUGAUGUCAUUAAACUAAGUUUUAUGGUUUGGGGGAGCUGACAUACCCACAAUAUAUUUACAUCAUAUAUAAUCUUAACUGUCCACCAUCGCAGCUGCUGGAGCUGUUUAAUGCUGGGACAGUGGGACAAGGCAGUUAGUGCGGAUUACGACGUCUUGGGCUGCUGUUAGGGAAGGCACAUCUCCCCAAAUGGAUCCCUGGCGAGAUCAGAACAUCCGUGUGUAUCACAAGGGCAGCACUUCUACCAAGACAUUCCUUUGCAUCCUUGGAUCCCUGACUGGGAAAAAAAAAGGAUGACGUUCCUGGAUGGGAGCUUACAUCACUCAAAAGAUUGGCCUGGGAACUCAACUACAGAACUGGACUUCUCAAUGAGGAAUAAUUCUAUAUAAGUACUUUAUAAGCAAACCUGGAGCUGUAGAUGGUCACUUGGAUAUGAAGCAGAAGAUUCAGUACGGGUCAGUCAUCCUGAAACAGGCAUUUUUGGGAUAAUACUUAAGAGUUGUUUAUGUACGUAAUGUUUCUACUUUUGUAUAUAUGAUAGCUAACCCUAGGGAAGAUUUAGUAAAAUUUAAUAUCAUCCAUUGUCAAAAGGGUGCCAUGUGAACUGGAUGUGUACAACACUGCUUUUGUACACCCCCUUUAUCCUGUGCAUUGUUCCUUGUAUUAUGUUGUUGUUAUGGCUACAGCUAAGAUAAUAAACUUGUAAUGAACUUGGCAUAGAAUUUACAACCUUGUUGAAUUCGAAAAACAGUGGGAUGAACAGCGAGAUCUCAGCACCAGGCUGCAGGAGCACUUCAGCGGGUGGUGAAAUGGGAUGAUGUUUGUGAUGUGGGUUAUGCUUUGUGAACAUUUCAGAGCAGCUGAACGACCAUCUUCUGCAUGUGGUAUAUUUUAAGUAUGCCCUCCUUUCAUUAACACUACUGAUGUAUGUCUUUGGGAGGCUUGAUAGUUGUUGAAAUCUCACACAUACCAGAAUACAUCAAUCAUUGGCAGGAACUAAGAAGCCAAUAAGACACUCUAGCUUAUAGAGUCCAUGCGCCAGAAUGACCAUCCUAGCCUACAUUUCUGUCUGUGCAGUUGUUAGCAGGUUUGACUUUACCAAAAUGAGGCAUGAAGUGAUUGCUUUAGGCUAGUACAGGGGUGACCAACUCCAAAGAAACUGUGAUCUACUCACAAAGUUAAAAACUGGCAGUGAUCUACCCCCUCACUUUUUAGGGGUUCAGGUCAAAGUUGAGAUUUUUUAGGAAGGAGGAAGGCCCAUUUUUGGGGGUUCAGGUCAGAGUUGUUGAGCUUUUCUGAGGUGGGGGGAAAGCCCUCUUUGGGGGGGGGGAAGAAGGGCUAAAAUGCUGAGCAUUUUUUAGGGGAGCCAAAGUUGUUGAGCUGCUUUGGGGGGAGCCAGUGAUCUACCAGUGAUCUACCACAGAUGUCCAGUGAUCUACCAGUAGAUCACGGUUUACCUGUUGGACGUGCCUAGGCUAGUAGAUUCCUCCCUCCAGCCUUCAUGUCUAUGUGUCAAUCUUUUUUCUUUAAGGAUGUCAUUCUGAACUUUUGCUUCAGUUGUGAAAAUAUCAAAGUUUGGUGCUGUGUGCUGAGUUCACAGCAUGCACACAAGUUGGGUUGUGUUUGGCUCACUGCUCCUCAGCCCACAACGAGAGCAGCACAUAACCACUGGCUGAGUUUCAGUUUCUGGCAAGGCCAGUGUGGCCACACUCUGCGGGUGCUGGAUGAAAAGUCAUUGUGCUGAAUUGCUUGUGCAAAUAGAUGUUAGAUGUGUGUGUCUCAGAUUCUCUGUCGAUGAAAUGUUGUUAUUACUUAUGGGCAAGCCAUUAUUUUCCUGAAACAUCUUGAAAUAUUUGCAUUGUUUUGCCAACUUGUUGUUCAUUGGCAACAUCCAACUGAAAUCACUGGCAAUAUUUGCAUUGCUUUCCAUGAAUCUUAACUACAUCCUAGGGAUCUUUCACACUUUACACAGCAGCAACCCAAGUUUGCCCCCCAAAAUAGUCCGAAGAGCCCCAGUGAAUUAGAGAUGCCUGAUGGAUUUACCUUUGACAUACACAUGCUUGCUGAAUUCAACCAUUGCUUUUUAUAAAUGUACACUUAAAAGUUCUUCCAUGUUGCACCUUAAAAUAAUAAAAAAUACUAUGGACCCCAGAUAGUGUCUAAAAAAAUCGACGUGAGACCUCAUUUUCUUUCUGAUUCUCAUUUCUGAUCAAAGAUUGGACUGUAUGGUGUGAUGCUUGAAAGCUUAGUCAGUUUCACCAGCUGAAUUCUGUGCAGUAAUCUUCUGUUUCGGUCAUUCUCUGGGACUAAUGCUGUACUGCAUGAAAACACUGGAAUGACACAGAGGCAAAUUCUCUUAGGUGCUGGAGUCAAAACUCCCUAUGUUAGGUGAAGAAGGACACUCUACUCACCCAUUGACCCACUAUUUAUAAACUGGAAAUUUAACUAUUCCCUCUAUGGGUUUAUGCAUCUGUUAUCCAUUCCUAUCCAGUACUGUAGUAGCAAAAGAGUUAACUCCACAUGCACUAAAAAUAAUAAUAUAAGGUGUGGGGGUUGCAUGUUAAGGCACCUGCUUUAACAUCUGCACUGUGUAAGCAGGAAAUAUGUUCUACAGCCUUACAUAUUGUGAUUACUUACAGCUUAAAUAUCCAUGCACCCACAUUUUAGCAGGGUCUUUCAGUCCCAAUACUUUUAGUCACCAAGUCUGAAGGACACUGAUGUUCAGGUUACCAUGGGGGCAAUAGUCACCUAGUCAUACACAGACCCCAUGUUUUUUCUAUUUGCUUUCAUUGGGUUAGAGAGAAUAGCAUAGGUUUUUAAUCAAGAUCGGCUUCUAUGUAGAUCAGAUAUGAAAAAAUGUUUGUAUUUAACUUCCUAUAAAAUAAUCUGGGGAGGACUUUGGUGAUAUGUAGCGGGUGGACAGUUGUUGGGGAGCUAUUUUCUUUACUGUUUUUAUACAAAAUAAAUGUUUGUUUGUU